UGCAGAGAGACAAUCAGUGCUGAUCAGUAGCAGCUGCUGGAGGUUUCCCUCCUUUAAAGCUGGCUGGUGCUCAGGCAACACUCUCUUGGAAAACUGCAGAGAUGGCAGCUGUUUGGAUGCUCGUCUGUGUGCUGACUGUUUGUCUGGCCAGAGAUCUGUCUCCCAAUGAGAUCUCCUUAAAGAAAGCCUUUCAACUUUUCCAGUCGAUGGAGUCCAUGUUGGAGCGAGACGCUAGAGAAGUACAACUGGAAACCAAUGACGUGGAAGCUGAUGCGUCUGGUCACCAGAAUCCUGAACAAAAGCCCCAGAGCGUCAACGAGACAACAAAUGUCCAGAACCAGGUCGUAACGAGGGACAACGGCACGGAGGGGGGCGUCCAGAACCGGGUCGUCAUUAGGGGAAAUUCCACUGCGGGUCAUGACCUAAAAUGGGUCAUCAUAGGAGGCGACUCCAUAACUGAGGACGUCCAGAACCGGGUCGUCAUUAGGGGAAACGCCACGGCGGGGAGCGUCCAGAACUUGGUCAUCAUUAAGGACAAAGCCAAGACGGGGGGCGUCCAGAACCUGAUCGUCAUUAGCGAAACCGCCACAGCAGAGGCUGUCCAGAAACGGGUCGUCGUUAGGGGAGUGGCCAAGGAGGGGGACGUCCAAAAAAGGGUCGUCAUUUGGGUAGACUCCACGACUGGGGACCUCCAGAACCGGUUUGUCACUUGGGGCGAAGCAACGACUGGGGGUGUCCAGCAGAACCUGGUUCCCAGAGACAAAGGCACGAAGGGGGGCUUUCAGCAGAACAACGGUACGACGGGGGGAGUCCAGCAGAACAACGGUACGACGGGGGGAGUCCAGCAGAACAACGGCACGACGGGGGGCGUCCAGCAGAACAACGGCACGACGGGGGGCGUCCAGCAGAACAACGGCACGACGGGGGGCGUCCAGCAGAACAAACGGCACGACGGGGGGGCGUCCAGCAGAACAACGCAGAACAACGGCACGACGGGGGGCGUCCAGCAGAACAACGGCACGACGGGGGGCGUCCAGCAGAACCUGGUUCCCAGAGACAACGGCACGACGGGGGGCGUCCAGCAGAACAACGGCACGACGGGGGGCGUCCAGCAGAACAACGGCACGAAAGGGGGCGUCCAGCAGAACCUUGUUCCCAUGGACAACGGCACGACGGGGGGCGUCCAGCAGAACAACGGCACGACGGGGGGCGUCCAGCCGAACAACGGCACGACGGGGGGCGUCCAGCCGAACAACGGCACGACGGGGGGUGUCCAGCAGAACAACGGCACGACGGGGGGCGUCCAGCAGAACCUGGUUCGCAGAGACAACGGCACGAAGGGGGGCUUUCAGCAGAACACCGGCACGAAGGGGGGCGUCCAGCAGAACAACGGCACGACGGGGGGCGUCCAGCAGAACCUGGUUCCCAGAGACAACGGCACGACGGGGGGCGUCCAGCAGAACAACGGCACAACGGGGGGCGUCCAGCAGAACAACAGCACGACGGGGGGCGUCCAUUAUGAGCACAAAGGUGAGCUCUAA